UUUUUCCUUUCAAAUUGACUUGAAAUUGAGUAAUCAUUUUAAAUUGAGUAGUGCGGCUAAUUAUGGUGCAAAAGUGUGUGAUAGUACACAAAUAAACCAUUUGUGUGAAAAUGUGAUAAUUAUCAUGAAUCCAUGUGUAUUUAUUUAAGGUAAUGCCACCAAAAACACUAAUACUCUAUCAGCCUUAUAUUCUUUAGGCAAUUAUUUUUCUUUUAAAAGCAUUUGCUAUUUUCUGAAGCAAACCAUAUUAUGUAAAAUAUAAAGUUAUAUAAUAAUGUGUAAGAUGUUUUAAAUACUCUAAACUAAAGAGAUGUAUGAAAAGUUCAACUUUCUGCAUCUUGAAAAAAUGAAAUGUGUUGAGGCAUGCCACUAAUAUGCCUUGGUUAAAUCCAAAAUAAUACAUUUCCCCUAAGGCAUCAUAAUAUAAUAAUUAAAGCUAAUAGUUAGAAUAUUAAUUAAGAAAAAGAGGUCCACAUCAUAGCUAACAAACAGUCACCAAAGCUGGAAAAAAGAAGGCAAAGUGAAAGAGACGAUUGGAAAAAAUUAUUGACAAAGAUACUCUGUGUCAUUAAGCCUUGGUUUUGAUUAGUUCCCAGAUCACAGCUUCAUUAAGAUCUAACCGGUUUAUAUAUUCUAAAAUGUCUCGGACCGGUUGGUGAUCAACCCGUGACUUGAGACCCGGUUCUAUUCGAGUAAACCGGAAACCCACUAGCCUCGGACUUGUUUAGAGAAUUGCGCGAGUUGCAGAGUCGUGGUAGUGGAGCUGUAGUCGCCGGGAGAAAUCAGGAUGAUUCGCGGCAGAGGAUCGUGGGUCGGAUUGGCGACCCGGUUGAGACACUAUAGGAUCCGGCGUCUGUGCACCAAAGGAGAGAACGGUGGGAAGAAACCGGAAUCUAGUGUUGUUGCUCAGCACAGCGAGGCUGAAUCGAAUGUUGUUGUUUCUCGCUACGAAGAGACGUACAAGAAGCUGGAUAAGCUCGAUUUCGUGACAGCUGCGAAGAUCUUGUUCACUGAACCACCCAAGAAGAAUAAAUUUGGGCUUGACUGGCAUAUUGUGCAAUUCAUUAUCGUCUGCUUGCCGUCUCUAGCUGUGUAUCUGGUUGCUCAAUAUGCUCGCCGUAAAAUGAAGAUUAUGGACGCUGAACUUGGGGAGAAGAAGAGGAAAGAAGAUGAAAAGAAAGAGAAGGAAGAAGCUGAAAAGAAGGCCUUAGAAGAAGAAGCAGCAACCAAGUCUCAGGAUGAGCUAAUGGAGAUGAAACAGAGACUUGGCAAAAUCGAAGAGACAAUCAAAGAGAUUGUUUUGGAAGCGAAGAAACCUUCGGGGAAUGCUCCAACCAAAACACAAGGAGAACAAUCUACCAAACCCCCACCAAAAGAAGAAUCAAAACCAAACAAUGUGGAACAAAAGGGCAAUGUACAUAAGCCUGUUGAGAAUCAAACAAAUGUGGAUUCUCCCAGGCCUCAGUGAGAUUAUUAGAAAGGAAACUUAGGUGGUAGAUGAAGAAUGAUUAUACUCUUAUGUGGGUUGUUUUGUUUGCUUUUGGAACUAAAGCAUUAGUCAAUGCAAUUCUCUUAUUUUGCGUA